AUGAUAGACGAACGAUUCACAGUCAAGUACAUCUCGGUCAGUACUUGCUUUGUUUAUUUGCCGGAGCACCGACUCAGAAGAUUAUACUCACGGGAGUCGAGCGCAGUAUGCGUCCGUCACAACGAGUUCACCUACUACCUGUCCUGGUGCUCGGCGCCAGGCCCGGAUUCCGAGUCCCUUUGCAUCGGCGCCACCUUCGCCCAGAGUCUCGGCAUCAGGGAAGGCGACGAGCUCCUCGUGACCAGCAUCGACGAGGCACCCGCACUCACGAGCCUCGUCGUCGUGCCCAAGAGCGCGCAGGACCGCGUCGUGCUGGAGCUGCAAAGUGACAACGUGCAGUCGAGAUUGCUGGACCAGAUAAGGGUCGUAGCUAAGAAUCAGCCGAUAGUUGCUUGGACUUCCAGAUACAAUCACGUGACUGUGAUCGUUGACUCGAUGAGCCCCGAGUUUAAGUACGGGCGGUUGGAAAACCUCACGGAGGUCCACGUGGAGGGCGAGGCGACCUCUCCGAGGCAGACCGCUGCUUUGCAUCCUCUCGACGUCAUCGGCUCUCUGCCGACACCCUUGCGGCUUCCAAGCGAUACUAGCCGCCGGGUUUACCGAGUCCAUCCUUUGCCGGACGAGCUGUUCGGUACUUUGGAUAGCCAGAGCGCGUUGGACGAGUUGUCCAGGUCGCCCUUUUGCGUCCACGUGCGGAAGGAGCUUCUGCCACCCGAGACGGCUGUAGACUCUCCCGACCUGUUGUACAGGAUCAAAAAGGUCAAGGAGGACAGAUUGCAUGCGAAGACCCAGGGUGUCAAGCUCGACAGGAGGGCCAAUGCCGAACAGGAGUUGGUGGUUAAAGUACGCGUGGCCGAGCACGCGCUGGCGAGGCUCCGAGGGAGUUGCGAAGGCAUCGAGCGGUACUUUACCGUCUUCGAGGGUAGCUUCGACAACGUAAAUGCUAGGCGUGACCUGAUGGACAAUCUUCUCUUGAAAACCGGCGGUAGAGUGAAACUCGAGCCGGUCAACGAGGGGGAAAGAAGCGAUUGCACUGGUAUCGAGGUGUACCCUCUCGAUAGGCCCAUCACGGCCGAGGAGUUUGUCGAUUACGUGAAGCGAAACUCGAAGUACGGCGAGAUGCUGCUCAAUUCGCAGGCUACCAUCGCUCUGGAGGAUGGGACCAGGUGCCUGGUGAAGCUGCUACCCGAGGACGGCUGCUCGUACGGAUUCUUCGACGGGAGGGUGCUCGGGAGGAUCGAGGUUAGAGUGAGCGACGCCGCGAGCAUCGAGGAGAGCCGGCCGCUCGAGCAGCCGGCCGGCGAAGAGGGCGCUGCUGCGACUACCGUAGCGAGCGAGAUAUUAGAGCCGGUGAUUCGGGAAGCCACGUGUGCUCUCAGACUGAGCCUGGGCCUGCACGGUAUUCGGGGCUUUGACUACGGCAGAGACAACGCGCUAGUGAGCGGUGCGACAGGUUCCGGAAAGACCACGAGCUGCAAGCUGCUCGGUAAACUGCUGAGCGAGCCGCCUUACUUUGCGCACGUGCGUUUUGUCGACUGCAAAUCUUUGAAAGGCAAAAAAGCUGAAGUUGUACAGAAAUUUCUGACGGCGGAGGUUUCCCAGGCCGUUUACCAUCAGCCUUCGGUGAUCUUUUUUGACGACGUCGAUAGUAUAACCAGUGUGAGCUCGAGUACGGACGAGAACACGCCGGAUGCGAUAAACGCCGCGAGGAUAACCGAUGCCAUACACGGUGUGAUUAGCGAGUGUCAGAGGGAAAAUUACGUGUCGAUUGUCGCCACCUGUACGGAUGUCAAGAAAAUCGGCCAGAAACUGCGAGAAGCCAGAGGCGUUCACUUUUUUUGCACCAUGCUGACGAUACCGCCUUUGGAGAAGGCCGAGAGAAUGGAAAUCCUAAGAUCGAGUCUCGAGGACAAAUUGCAGCUCGCGCGCACGAUCGAUUGGGAACAUUACGGUAACAAAACGGAGGGCUGGGUCGCCCAAGAUCUGAUAGUCCUCGCGGACAAAGGCGCCUUUGGCGCGUGGAAACGACACGUUAAGGAACGAUCGGAGGGACGGUCACCCAUGCUACUGAGUACCGAUCUAGAGGACGCGCUGACGCGAUGCAGUCCGCUCUCGCUGCGCGGUGUCGACCUUUACCGGGGCGAGGGCCACACGUGGUCCGACAUAGGCGGCCUGGCGGACGUCAAGCUCACCCUCGUCGAGAUACUGCAUUGGCCCAUCAGGUACCCCAACAUAUUCAAGGCAGCGCCCAUCAAGCUCCAGAGCGGUGUGCUAUUGUACGGUAUGCCCGGCACGGGAAAGACCAUGUUGGCUGGUGCCAUUGCCAAGGAGUGCGGCUUAAAUUUGAUUAGCGUCAAGGGCCCGGAACUUUUGUCCAAGUACGUCGGGGCGAGCGAGGAGGCCGUGCGCAACGUCUUUGAAAAAGCCCAUCGAGCCAAGCCCUGUGUCUUAUUUUUCGACGAGUUCGACAGUCUUGCCCCGAGACGAGGUCAAGACAGUACUGGGGUAACCGAUCGCGUGGUUAAUCAGUUGCUGACGCAUCUGGACGGUAUAGAGGGCAGGGAGGGUGUAGCAGUGGUGGCUGCCUCCUCGCGACCGGAUCUCCUCGAUCCUGCCCUCCUGCGUCCCGGUCGCCUUGACAAGGCGCUGCUGUGUCCCCUGCCUGACGAGAACGACAGGAACGAGAUUUUGCACUCGUUGAGCAGAACUCACGGGGUUGAUUCGAGCGAGCUCGACUUGGAGGCUAUUGCCCGAAUGACUGCUGGCUUCACAGGGGCCGACUUGAACGCUAUUCUGGUGCAGGCCAGGUUGGACGUGAUUGAGGAGGCCAUGGAGUCGACUUCUGUGGAAACGAAAGAACGGUAUGCUGAAGCGAAGGUGACGCAAAGCCAUUUGCUGAGAGCAGCUGAAUCGUCGAUGCCGUCGCUGCUCACCGCGGAAAAACAAAAAUACAACAGGAUAUAUGAAAAGUUCGCUAGAAGCGAAAGCAGCGUCGUGGACGAGAUGAAGCACCAAAAAGCCACGUUAGCGUGA